AUGAGGGCUUUAACACAACUUCUGUUCUUUUCUAGUGCUUUAUUCUCAGUUUUGUUGUAUUCUGCUGCAUUAGACACCAUAUAUACAGGUCAAGCACUCAGAGACGAUGAUACGCUUGUUUCGGCUGGUGAAACGUAUGAGUUGGGAUUCUUUAGCCCCAGUAACUCCAAGAACCGAUACUUGGGGAUAUUUGUAUGGGUUGCUAACAGAGAAACUCCACUCACCAGUACCACAGGUGUGCUCAAAGUCAAUAGCAAUGGAAUGCUACUGCUUUUUAGUGGCAAUAAUACUGUGAUUUGGUCUUCCAAUUCAUCGGUAUCUGUUGGUAAUGCUCCCGUUGUAGCAAAGCUUCUUGAUUCUGGGAACCUUGUUGUGUGUUACGAUAGUAGCACUAACGAAGAUUUCGUUUGGCAAAGUUUCGAUUACCCAACCGACACAUUGCUAGCGGGAAUGAAAUUCGGGAAGGAUUUGGUAACAGGCGUAGACAGGUACUUGACAUCGUGGAAAAGUACGGAUGAUCCUUCUCCAGGUCUGUAUGUAAGUUGGAUGGAUACGAAUGGAUAUCCACAAGCGUUUCAAAAGCGAGGUUCGGUUUUACAAUUGAGGUUUGGACCGUGGACUGGUGUACGAUUUAGCGGUUUUCCCAGUAAGCCAAAUCCUAUCUACACGUAUGAUUUUGUCUUCAAUGAAAAGGAGGUAUAUAGUAUAUUUCAUCUUAUUAAUAACUCAAUUAUGUCGAGGGUGUAUCUAAGUCCAGAAGGCAACGAAAUGCGCUUGAACUGGAUUGAUCCCGCACAAGGUUGGAUGCCGUAUCUGGUCACAACGGUUGAUAUGUGUGCCCAAUAUGGACUCUGUGGUGCAUAUGGAAUCUGUAACAUCAACAGUUCUCCUGCAUGCAGUUGUAUGGAAGGGUUUGAACCAAGAUUUCCAGUGCAAUGGAAUGCAGGAAACUGGUCAGGUGGCUGUCAACGUGAAAAAUCGUUAAAUUGUGGGAAUGAGGAUGCGUUUCGAAAACUUUCAGGUGUGAAAUUGCCAGAUACCCGACAUUCAUGGUAUGAUCUGCGCAUGGGCUUAAGAGAAAUAGCAGUGAAGCGGUUGUCGGAAACUUCUACGCAAGGACUUGACGAGUUUAUGAACGAGGUUAGAUGUAUUCACCGGCUUCUGCACCGAAAUCUUGUGAAGCUUCUGGGAUUCUGUGCUCAAAAACAUGAAAUCAUGUUGAUUUAUGAAUACAUGCCCAACAGAAGCCUUGAUACAUUUUUAUUUGAUGAGACCAAAAGUUCAAUGCUUGAUUGGACUAAACGAUUCCACAUCAUCAAUGGGAUCGCUCGAGGGCUUCUUUAUCUGCAUCAAGAUUCAUGCCUUCGCAUCAUACAUAGAGAUCUGAAAGCCGCCAAUAUUUUGUUAGACAAUGACAUGAACCCGAAGAUAUCAGAUUUUGGGCUUGCUAGAAGAUUUAAAGGAUACGAGACUCGGGUUAAGACAAAGAAUGUGGUUGGAACUUACGGCUACAUUCCUCCAGAGUAUGCAGUUCAUGGAGUUUUCUCUGUAAAAUCAGAUGUGUUUAGCUUCGGUGUUUUAGUUCUGGAAAUAGUAAGUGGGAUGAAGAACCGAGAAUUUUCUUCUCACAAGCACCGUGACAACCUUCUUGGACAUGCAUGGAGACUAUAUAAGGAUGGCAAGUGUCUUGAUCUGGUUGGUGCACCUUUACUCGACUCAUGUGUUGUCUCUGAGGUACUCCUUUCAAUACACAUUGGUUUGUUAUGUGUGCAAAAUCAUGCAGAAGAUAGACCAACAAUGUCAUCUGUGGUAUUGAUGCUGGGUAAUGAUGGUGUAUUGUCUCAACCUAAAUCACUUGCAUUUUUUACGGAGCCUGAGCUCGACCUGUGUGCACACACGAGACAAGAACCUUCCGUCAAUAAUGUGACUAUUUCACUAACAGGUCGUUAG